AUGUCCUCUAACCCGCUUCCAACUCCCCUGUUCCGUGCCCAGAACGGGGUAUUCGUCAUGGCGGAUCGUUACCGCCCCGGCGUCUCGUUGGCUAUCACCCUUGACCAGCUGCGUCUGUACUUGCAGUACGACGCCGACCUGCGUAGCGGGACCGCCCCCAACACCAUCAUCACACCCAUCGGCUACGACGACUUCGCCGUUGCGUUAAAUUCGAAUGCUGGGGCGGGCGUGCAAGUCGCCAUUGUGCAAGAAGGGGACGAGGGAGUCCGCAUUACCGGACGUCCCCCAACCUUGGCUGAACUCGUUGGGCUGGAAGCCACCCGACGAGCAGCACCCACCCCUCGUGACCCUCGGGAAGACGCUGGAGGCCAAUGGUUGGACUCGCGUCGCUCUGAGCUCCUGGACCACGCACUGUGGGACAACUUGGAGCGGAACAAGAAGCAGCGCAUUUGGCGCGACAAAAGCGUGGCCGAACGCCAGGCCAAACGGAGGCGAAGGGAGGAUGAUGAGGCGAUGCGCCCUUUCGCACCCUCCACCUCCUUAACCAACGCCCUCGCUGGGCCCUCCGGCCUGAAUAACCCCAUCACUCCAUCCAUUCCUCCUCCCCCUCCUAUUACACCAGUUCCUGACCCUCCUGCACCUCCUGUCGAUGGCGAGGACGAGGAGAUGGACGAUGACAGAGCGGAAGAGUGCGCUCAGGACAAAGGCAAGGGGAAAGGACUCGGUCGUAUCCCGAAGAAAUGA